AUGCGCAAGGUGUUGACGUUGGGAAGCGGUCGAGCUCUGACCGCUGCUGGCAACCUACGAGCAUUCUCUUCGCGUAGCUCUCUUCCUGAUGGAUUCCGCAGUCCACAGGCCGUUGCUGACGCUGUUGCAAAGGCUUUAGCGGCUGAGAACGAUUCUAAGAGCGCCGACAGUCGGAGCAAAAGUCAAGUGCCAGCGGAUCCCAACCAACCUGUAAAACUAGAGCGCCGUCACUUGGAAGGAGAUGUUAUCGCCAAUCAGAACAUCACAAUAGAGCAGUUGAUGUACCCGAAGAAUACCGCGGAUUGGCAGCUGAUCAAGCCGGAGCACUUCGAGAAGGUCCCGACCCCGAAAGACUGGAAGGCCGGGCUCGAGAAGCUGCAAGAGCGGAUUGGGGUCAAAUUCCAAGACGUGACGCUACUGCAGAGUGCACUGACGCACCACGGGUGUUUGCCUACCAAUCCAGUGCCGGAAGACGUGCCGGUGGUGCGGUUAUCAAACCGCAGUCUGGAGUUUCUAGGAGACUCGUUAUUGGGUGCCGCAGCAGCAGGAUAUGUGUAUCAGAUGCUGCCAAGACACCAGGAGGGACAGCUUUCGCGUGCCAAGUCAGCGCUGGUGAAUAACGAUACGCUAUCGAAGAUUAGUGCGGAUCUGGGCAUCACAGAUCUGCUACUUUGGCCGCCUGGUUUCAAUGAGGCUAGAGGUGCACCGCUUGUUGCCAAAGGAAGAGUUACAAUUGCUGCAGGCUCCGUGGAAUCACUCAUUGCGGCCAUCUAUCUGGACCAGGGAAUGGAGACCGCGAUGAAGUUUGUGACUACACAGAUCCUUCCUCGCUCGGUUGAGUAUGCCACUCGUGACGUCAUCUGGGAACCUAUUGUCGAGCUGCAGAACUUGCUGCAAGGUCACUACUAUGGCCAACCUGUCUAUAAGUACGAGGAGUGA